UGCCACCUCCCGUCCAGCCUGGAUCUCCUGCUUAGAUCCUCAGACCCAACACUGGAUCCAGAGGAGAGGCAAUGGUUAAAUAGAGGAGGAGACCGAAGACCAGAGGGGAGGAGUGAAGGGGCGGAAGGAAGGAGGAGGAGGAGGAGGAGGCAGCUCCAUAAUCUUGCCCAAGAUCCUGUAACAUCCUAUCAGCCAUGGCAGUGGCAGCAGAGGCCUUGCUGGGACUCGGCAUGGGCCUGGGCCUCUAUGCCCUGGUCUACCACAACUUUCUCAAAGGGAGACGCUGCAGGAACGAGACCCUUCUCCAGGGCAAGACGGUCCUCCUCACCGGUGGGAACACCGGGAUUGGAAAGGCCACUGCGUUGGAUCUGGCCCACAGAGGAGCAAGGGUCAUCCUGGCUUGUCGCAACAAACAGCGAGGAGAAUCGGCCGUCUAUGACAUCCGGAGGGAGAGCGGGAACAACGAGGUGCUCUUCAUGAGCCUGGACUUGGGCAGCCUGCGUUCGGUCCGAGAUUUUGCCGAAGCCUUCUUGCGAUCGGAGCCCCGGCUGGACAUCCUCAUUAACAACGCAGGCAUUGGCUGCGAAGGCCAGACUGAGGACGGCUUUGACGUGACGUUUCAGGUGAACCACUUGAGCCACUUCCUCCUGACCCACCUCCUCCUGGAGCGGCUCAAGCGCUGCUCGCCCAGCCGCAUUGUGGUGGUGGCGUCCAAUGCACACCGUUCUGGGAAGAUGGACUUCCAGAGCAUCCAUCGGCCGGCGGAGGGGACCGCCCAAGCCUUCCAGUCCUACUGCAACAGCAAGUUGGCCAACAUCUUGUUUGUCCGAGAGCUGGCCAACCGGCUGGAAGGAACCGGCGUGACUUGCUACGCUGUUCACCCAGGGGUGGUGAACACGGAGCUCUUCCGCCAUUCUCCCUCCUGGGCCAAGCCCCUCGUCUUCCUCGUCUCCCGGCUCUUCUUCCGAAGCCCUGCGGACGGGGCCCAGACGUCUGUCUUCUGCGCCACCGAGGAAGGCAUCGAGAGGCUCAGCGGGCGCUAUUUUGCCGACUGCCGUCUGCGAGACCCCCGUCCUCGUGCACGCGACGACACUGUGGCCAAGAGGCUGUGGGAAUUCAGCCAGGGCUUAUUGGGACUUGCCUCGUAAACCUCUUUCCAUUCGUCUGUUUUCCGGACGCCGAAAGGAGGCAAAUACAAAACUCCGGCGGAGUUCGAGAAACAUGUGUUUCGCGCAACACGUAGGGGCCAACUCUGAGGAUUUGCACUGGAUCUAGAGUAUCUGUUAUAGGAUAUUCCUUCUAAAAAAAACACAUAUGGGAUUUGGGAGUCCAUGUUCCGUGUUACCUGUUACCAAAAGGCCUCCGAUCUCUGUGAAAUGUACGCAAGGGAACAAUCUGUAUAAUAAAAUGGAUACCGCUGUU